UAAUAGUUAUUGACGUAAGCUCGAGUAUGUACGACGCGAAAGAGAAGUGUAAAAGUGUGAUGAAAUAUCAUAGAACUAUUUUCUAGCGGUCUUGUUGCAACAAGAGCAUGCGAUCGUCAAGACUUUAAAGUACUGUGUUGAAUAAAAAGUGGCAAAGUUGAGUUGUAGUGAAAUUCGUUGUACGCUAUAUACAAAAUGAGCGUACCGAUAAUAAUCACUGUUCCCAAUGGCUACUUGGAGGUGGAAGAUGGAGAUUCUCCGGUCGUGGUCGACUCGGCUCCAACUACACCUUCAAGGAAGCGAAGGCUCGACCACCUCACAUGGGAAGAGAAGAUGCAACGCAAGAAGCUGAAGAACCGCGUCGCCGCGCAAACAUCGCGGGACCGGAAGAAGGCGAAAAUGGAUGAAAUGGAGAGCAAGAUAAACCACUUCAUGGAGGUGAACGAGAUGCUCGUCAAGGAGGUGGAGGAAUUAAAAGCGAUGAACAAGCGUUUGUUGAGCGAGAACGCAUCGUUGAGAAGCGAGGCGGCGGCGCGGACCGUCGCGGAAGCCCCGGGACCAGCAGAGUCUCAUCCUCAGCAGAAGGAGGGGCUUCCGUCGGCGAUCCGCGCGGCGCGCCUGCUGCUGGCGAUGUGUCUCCUCUCGCAGACCUCCUCGCACACCUCGAGUCUGACGAGUACCUCGAUACCCUCCAUCAACUUGCAGACUCCCUCCUCAAAGAGAUUGAUGCAGGUGCUGCAGGAGCGCCUGAAGAUAACUCAGUCAGGGAAAAUAGAAAAUGUACUGAAGGACCUGAAGUGGUGGGGUCCGCAGCAAAGCACAUGGAAUCCAGUGAAAGUAGAGUCCUAGACAGUGAGAUCAACCUUAAACAUGACGUGGACAGGAUACUGGAACAGCACUCAUACGCACAUCCCUACCCCACCAUACAAGUCACAGAUACAGAUGUUAAGGAAGAUGGUGACAAAGGUGACAUAUUCUAUGCGAGUUAUGA